CGUGUUCUCGUGGUUGUUUUGGUCGCGAUCCUGUAAUCGAGUUUCCCAAACAAAUUCCGCCGAUAAUUACGGUCUCCUUCGGUCGGAAGACAAGAUGAAUAGUAUCGGAGAAAACUGUACGCAGCUGAAGAAGGAUUACGAUAAUUGCUUCAACAACUGGUUCUCGGAUCGGUUUCUAAAGGGCGAUACGGACGACUCACUCUGCGCGCCACUGUUCAAAGUUUAUCAGCAGUGUGUGAAGGAGGCCAUGAAGCAGCACCACAUCGAGUUUAAGGAAAUCGAGAACGAUUACAUCGGCGAUGGACAGGAGAAGCAGGAGGAAAAGAAAGGAUCGAAGGAUAACAAGAGCUGAGAGUAGGAAGAGGCGUCGUGAACACACUAGAAGUAAUACGGUUUAAAGUGCAAAUAAUUAGCUGUAAUGCCCUGUACUGAAGAAAGAAGCGGAACACGAGGUUCAUUCAUUCGUUCGUUGUGAGCCAGCAUCUUCGAAUUUCCUACGAUUUCAUUAGGCUAGUCGGAGCGAAGGUGUACUACAUGACUGCCAGGAACCGAGCUACUCGUUUCUGUUACGUUCCUUUCCUCACAAGUGAUCAAGGUGUAUUUUAUGCUUUAUGGUUAUUGUUACGAAUAAAUUGAAAAUGUUCAACAUUCGCUAUACCGCCGUUGACGUCAACAGCA